AAUUUUAUAUAAAUUGAAUAUCAAUGAACUUAUUAUAUUUUGAUGAGAUUAUAGGAAAAAAUGACAAUUUCAUGCGACGUAAUAUAAGAAAAUAUAAGGAGAUUUGUUUUCGAAACUAGAAUAGAGAGAAGAAAGGACGGUUUAUUUUUCUCUCCUAUUCGUACGAAAAAUUGCGUACGUAGAAAUAGAUGGACUCUUCUAUCCACGAUGGAUUCUUCUUUGCCGACGAGCACGAAAAUAAAAGAGAGGUGGAAAAACAUUUCGAUCCUUCCCUUCGUUUCGCGCGAAACGUAAGCUUAUACCAAGCCAAAAAUUAACGCGAGGUUUAUAAAAACGAACGAAAUCGAGCGGGCGUGGAAAAAUGAGACGAUUCCCUUCCAAUUUCCAUCUAUUUUCAGAUUCAGAUUUUUUUCGAUUUCGAGGGAAAUUCGAUUCGAUGGUUUUCGUACGUAAACGUUUACCUAGCCUUUGAAUUAACGCACGCUCGGAAGGAACAACGUAGAAUCGGGCGACGAAAAUAUGGAGAUCGAUAUUAAGAGCGAGAGAGAAACAGAAAGGACAGAGAAUGAGAAUAAUAUUGUACGCGUUUUUGUUGCACUCGUUGUUCCGUCUUGUCCACGCGCUGGAGAGGGAGGAGACGACGUUGGCCGGAGUGGAAAAGAGGGAGGAGAAGGAGGAGGAGGAGGAGGCGGAGAUGGGCAUGGAGGAGGUGGGGAUGACGGAAGAGGUUAUGGAUCCGAAAAUAAAGAUAACCGAUGUGCCCGACGUGGAAGAGACGACCGAAGAGUUCGACCCGAGUUGGGACAAAAACAAAGUAAUACGGGACGUGGCCUAUUACAUACGUGGCCACAAAUUUGGCGAUUUCGAUCGUCGUUAUUACAAGAGGUACGAGGACGCGGAGAAAAAACCGUACGAGGAAUUCCCGAAGCCGGCUCUCAGAUCUCUGCACUGGGAGGUGCACAGAUACUGCGACGCGAGUUUCCUCGAAUGUCUGAGAUAUCUCGAAGGCGUCAUCGAGCAGACCGCGCUGAAGCGGCAGGACGACACCAUCACAGCUAUAAAUGAACAGAAAUGGGUCGUGCCCGACAAUAUGCAGCAGAUACAGUCCGUUCAAAAGGAAUGUCUAAACGCGAUGGAGCGUGACAAAAAAGUGAUGCCGCCGUUCGAAGGUCCGAUAGAACGAUUUCAGUGGCGCACCACGGUGAGUUAUUACAUGUGCUGGUACACGAUGCUCGGCGUCCCAGAGCUGAGCAUUUUCGGUGAGCCGUGCGACAAUCACGCGAACUGCGAGAUCCAGCCAACGGGGGAUCCGAGGGCCGAUGACACGGAACCGUAUGCCUGCGCCCUUUACAGCUUCUGCCCGGAUCAUUGUUGUCCCAUGAAACGUAUCGGGGAUAUGACGGAUUGCUACCAGUCUGAGGCCAACCCGUGUUACGCUGGGAACGAGCCAGGUAACAGAGAGUGCGAAUUGAACCGAGAGAAGAAUCAAGAUUUUCUGAGCUUGGUUGGGAAUCAGAUCAACAUCAGCUGCCGUUGCGGCGAGGCCGGGUACGAGUGGUCCGCGAGGUACGGCCUUUGCGUGGACGUGAACGAGUGCGCCACCGGCGAGCACAGUUGCUCCAUGGACGAAGGGGAGACGUGUUGGAAUAUGCCGGGCAGUUACGAGUGCGUUUGUAAAUUUGGCUACACUUACGACGAGGAGCAGAGGGCGUGCGUGGUCAGCCCGGAGGUCGACCUCGUAUUGGCCGGUUGGAAGGAGGAGGAGAACGUCACGGAGGAGAAGAACAUUAUCGAGAUGAUCGUGAAAACUCUCGCUAGAGCUGCUGCCAAUCGCCCCGUGAUCGAUCGCCCCAUCCUUUUCACCGUGAUCGUCGUCCCACGCCUCCUUUCGUUCCGAGAAAUAGCGAUUUUUCGUGCUUUUUAUCCGUUUUUAGUGGGACACCGUGUAUAGGAUGAGAUCGAGCGAGACUCGAUCGAUAAUGGAUCGAGUAAUUGGAUUAUGUUAAAUUGUGUUGACAAUGCGACGAACUUAAAGUUACGUAAUUUCUCGUGCAGAUAAUCAAUCGUUUCCUAGAUUAGAAAGAAGGAGACUCUUCGUUUCUCUUCGUUUUUUUUUUUUAGAUUUAUAAAUACAAUGUUACACGUUGCGAUUAUAUAAUAUGAUGAUCGUGUCGGGAUCAAGGAUACAGCGAUGAAAAAUGUUACUUUUUCCUAGAUUUAUAUAGAUUAUUUAGAAAUACGAUUUAAUAUUGUAAUUUAAUAACGAUAAGGUAUAAUAAUUAUUCGUUUCGUUUGUAACUUGCGUAAAACACUUUUUGUUAAGUACUAAGUUUAUUGUAAUUGCGUGUGUAAAAAUGGUAUCGAAAACAAUUAUUCGUUUCGAAAAGGAGUGGCGAGAGAGCGACUACUUGCAUCUGCAGCAAUUCAAAUUUUAAUCUUGGCGCCAUUUCAUACGUUUCUUGCUCUAUCGCGGCUCCUCUGGACGAUUAUUUGCGCUGGGGAGAAGGGAGGGGGGAGAAAAACAAUAUUCUCCCCCUCCCCUCCUCGUUGCUCGCGCGAUAUUUAGCAUAGUAAUCGUGGUUGGGAAUGGUAAGCGGAAAGCAUGAUGUUUAUUCCUUUUUUUUUUUCUUUUUUUUUUUCUCGUAACGAAACCGGAUAAAUUCGAUCCCUUUGUAACUCACGGUGACAAAUGUAACUUUAUCGGGAAAUUUAUCACGGUUUGAGGGUGUUUAAAGGGAAUACGAGGUACAUAAACUUAGCAUUUAAAGGGUAGUUUCACCUCCACGCUCCCCUUAUUUUUCUCGAGAAAAACGACCCUUGACGGCAAUCCAAUUUUCCUCGCGCAGUCAGUUUAAAGCGAUCGUGGUUGCAUAUCGUUAAAUGUAGCAAUCUAACUAUAUGAAAUAUUUGGAAAAUCCAUGCGAUUAUUUUUUUUUUUUUAAUUGGAAUACUCGAACAUUAUUAUUUAUGGAUUUAAUAUUCUUUGUUGUUAAUGGAAGAUUGUUGUAAUUCAUUAUCGUUUUAUUAAUGUUACUAUUUAAUUUUUCACUAUUUAUAUAUGUAAGCGAUCAGAUAUGUUAUAUUUUCUAGAGGCAGCCUAACAUUGUGUCUAUCGUACAAUCAAAAUCGAUCAAACCUGCAAAGAUGACAAAUGAACGAUUCUUUGCAAUUAAAACGUUGCAAGAGAUCAAAAUGUGUAAUUAACAUCGAUUGGUAUUGGAGAAAAAAAAAUUUAAUGAACGAUUCUUCACAAUUAAAAGUUUUAAUUGAAAUUUUAAUUGAAACAAUUUGCAUAUAUGAUCGAAAUUGAUUGAAGAGGAAAACUUAACGAACGAUUCUUUAUAAACUGAAACUAAAGCUAAAACUAAGAUAGGUGAAUCUAAGAUCAAAAUUAAGAUCAAUGUCGACCAAAUAUAUACAUAUUGUUUAUUAUUGAAAAGAA